GUAACUGUAAAAAAACGAUUUAUAAUUACGAAACGGUUAAUUAUAAUCAGCGGAACCUAGUAUGGUAUGAUAUACCUAGGUAGUUAUAGGGCCUCGUGCGCGCGGCACUUAGCGUCAUUGGUAGAUUCCUCAGGUUGUGAGACACCUGACGCCGGGCAAGACGCAAGAUCCGAGAGUCCGGUCAAGCCAAGCCAGGUGCCCGUUCAGCAACCCACUUUUAAGCCACGGCUCGCAUCUGCGCUACAGCAUGUAAGAGCCCCUUUUCAGUCGUAAUUUUUUUUCAAUAUAUUGAUUUUGCGACGCCAUUUGUACAUUAUAUGGAAUGCAGAUUCUGGUUGUUGUUUAAUUUAAACUAUAGUUAUAUUUACUCGUUCAUUGGUAACUCGGAGAAAUAAUUACACGACUCAUACAGUAUCAUAUUGUCGUUCGCGUUGCUGCCGCAAUGGCCGGUCGUCACCCGCUCCAGAGAUUUGUGUCUCCGUCGAGACAACUCUCCGCCCUCAUUCACUUGGCGGGAAUACUGUCCUUUGCAAGCUCGUUCAAGUUCCUAAGUGCAUGGGAGACGCCAAUGUCAGCCGCCUUCGGGGGGCACUUCCAAUUCCUUACCAUUAUUGGACUGUCCCUCGCGCUAUGCACCUUCGUCGUCGGGUUUCUAGCCGACGUUACGCUCUCUUCACGGCUAUUUGCGCUGAAGAACAUCCUCUCCGUAUGCUCGGCACCGCUAGAGGUGUUGAUCAGCAUAUUGUAUUGGGGCCUUUGCGCCAUUGAUAAAGGUCUAGUUUUCCCCCCCGAAUUCCAGCUUGAUCUGCUGCCAGACGUCGGGUUUCACGCCGCGCCGGCAGUUUUUCUAGCUGCGGACUUGCUGCUGUUCAGCCCGCCAUGGAUGAUCCAUGGCUUCUCGGCGUUGGCUUUGAGCGAAUCCUUGGCGCUACUAUACUGGGUUUGGAUAGAGUACUGCUUCUCUCGCAAUGGCUGGUACCCCUAUCCUAUUUUCGAUAAGCUCAGCACGUGGCAGCGGAUCGUAUUGUUUACUUUCUCCGCCCUACUGAUGACUGGGAGCACUAUGACACUAAAAUGGACUUAUGGAAAAAUCAACGGCGUUGAGGAAUUUAAAAAGCAAGCUGUAGCGGACCCUGCAGGUCUCCGGAAGAGGAAAUGAUUACGAUUUUUAAACAUUAGGGAGAGGGGG